UUUCACCAGCCUUUCAGUCAAGAGUCAAUGUCAAACAAAGUGUUUAAUCCUGUUUAACGUGACUCCAAUAACUUAGUUGCGCUCGAUUGCUCAAACCGCAAUGAUUGCCUACCGCUGUCGCUUUACAUUCGCGGUUCUAAGUGCGCUCUGUCUACUGCAGGGUAACCCCAUCACCGCCGUCACAGGAAGAGUCUUCCUUCCGAAAGCGGAACACAUUGCGAACCAAAAAUGUCAGGAAUUCAUCGAUAAAAAUACGCACAAAGCGUACGUAGGUCCAUUGGUGAAGCCGACAGUGUAUGAGAUUUCUGCACCCAACUGUUCUAUCUUUCGCUGCGGCAGAUCACUGAUUAGCGAACGGUUCGUGCUGACAGCGGCUCACUGCGGAAAGCCGAAGGUGGUUAUGCUAGGGGAGCACAACACACUAGAGCCGGGAGAUGAAGUUGAGUUCUAUGUGGAAACAUUCAUCAAACAUCCGAAGCAUAGACUGGGCAAGUCGUAUCACGACAUUGCGCUAGUGAAAUUAUCUGAAGAUAUUGAAUUUUCCAAUGUAAUUCGUCCGGCUUGCUUGUGGACAACGAUACCGCUGAACCUAACUAGGGCCAUUGCGACUGGAUUUGGUGAUACCGAAUAUUGUAAGUUGAGUUGCGGUUAGCUACUAACCUAAUCACUUGUUGUUUUUUUUUGCCUCUGUGAACGUAGACGGUAACUCCUCUGCAAUACUGAUGAAAGUACGGUUGGAUAUAAUAAGCAGUUCAACAUGCGAGACGAAGUUCGAAUAUCA